UCUGAGGGUCAAUGUUCCUUCUCAAUUCUCCCUCAUUAUGAAUUGAAAAUUUUCCUUCUUUUUCUUUUCUCUCUCUCUCUCUCUUUACUUUUUUUCUUUUUCCUUUUUGAUUUUCAAUUCAAGAAGAAAAUCGUACAGUGCAGAAUUCAUACCGGUAUGUUUUGGUUUUACUUCUCUCAUAGUGAAAAACAAGGGCCCUUUGCUUUAAAUAUGCUGCAGUGAACUCAAGAGAGAGAAUGAGAGGGUUCUUCUUCACCUUUGAUGGCUAUGCCCAUGAAUUGCUGAGUGUUUUCUACUACUGAUUUAGGUUUGGGUUUCUAUUACUGUUAUUUUCAUUGAACCCAUUUCUUGUUUGAGUUUCUAUUGUGAGUUGCUGUGCAAAUUUUGGGAUCUGGGUUCUAGGGUUUGAAGGGUUUGAGAUUUUGACUUUCUCUUUCCUUGGAUUCCUUUCCAUUUCUGAGAAAUUGGUAUUGAAACCUGUUCUGGGUUCUGGUCAAAAAGUAAACUUUUUUACUUUUUGGAUUUAACAAGUGUUGGGGUCAGUGUUGUUUGUGUUUUCAUGAAUUUGGUCAAAGCUGUGAUCUUUAGAAGGAGUUGAGCUGAAUUUGUUAUAGAUUGAUGGGCUAAAGGCUUUUGUUGGUGUUGCUGCUUCCAGUGUUUCAACAAGGGUGCAAUUGUCUGUUAUUAUCCCUGAUUGCUUUGUGUGAGUAGCGAAGGCUAUCAUCAUCAUCAUGCAUCUUUCACUAUGGAAGCCCAUUUCUCACUGUGCUUCUCUGAUCAUGGAUAAGAAGAGCAAAAGGAAAGAUGAAUCCAUGGGUGAUACAAAGAGAAAUCCAUCAAUGCUCCGGAAGAUGCAAGAAAGCAAGCUCAGGGAAGCUCUUGAAGAAGCUUCAGAAGACGGGUCACUCUUCAAAUCACAAGACGUUGAACCUGACACUGUUGGGAACCAAGAUGAGAGCCUUGGGAGAUCCAGAUCGUUGGCCAGGCUGCACGCCCAGCGCGAGUUCCUUCGGGCCACGGCACUUGCAGCGGAGCGCACAUACGAGUCUGAGGAGUCAAUUCCCAGCCUUGAAGAAGCAUUUUCGAAGUUCCUCACUAUGUACCCCAAGUACCUGUCCUCAGAGAAAGUUGAUCAGUUGAGGUCUGAUGAAUAUUCACAUUUGUCACCAAAGGUAUGCCUUGAUUAUUGUGGGUUUGGACUCUUCUCUUUUGUUCAGACCAUUCACUAUUGGGAGUCUUCUACAUUUAGCUUGUCUGAGAUAACUGCAAAUUUGAGUAACCAUGCACUUUAUGGUGGUGCUGAGAAAGGAACUGUUGAGCAUGAUAUAAAGACUAGAAUUAUGGACUAUCUGAAUAUCCCUGAGAAUGAAUAUGGCCUUGUUUUUACUGUUAGUAGAGGAUCAGCUUUUAAAUUGCUGUCUGAAUCAUACCCUUUUCAGACCAACAAAAAAUUGCUGACCAUGUUUGACCAUGAGAGCCAAUCUGUUGCUUUGAUGGCUCAGAGUGCCAGAGAAAAAGGUGCCAAAGUGCACAGUGCAUGGUUUAAAUGGCCAACCCUCAAACUCUGCUCCACUGAUUUGAGGAAACAGAUUUCCAAUAAGAAGAAGAGGAAGAAGGAUUCAGCUACUGGUCUUUUUGUAUUCCCAGUUCAGUCUAGAGUAACUGGGGCUAAGUAUUCCUACCAGUGGAUGGCCUUGGCACAACAGAACAACUGGCAUGUCUUGCUUGAUGCUGGAUCAUUGGGCCCGAAGGAUAUGGAUUCGCUUGGCUUAUCCCUAUUCCGGCCAGAUUUUAUAAUUACAUCAUUUUACAGGGUAUUUGGGUAUGAUCCCACUGGUUUUGGCUGUCUUCUGAUCAAGAAAUCGGUGAUGCCCAGCCUUCAAAAUCAAUCUGGGUGUACUGGUUCAGGAAUGGUGAAGAUUACCCCUGAGUUUCCUAUGUAUUUGAGUGACUCUGUUGAUGGAUUGGAUAGGUUGGUUGGGAUUGAAGAUGAUGAAGCCCCUGGCCUUGGUGAGAAGACUUCUGAAGCUCGUCCUGGAACACAGUUGCCUGCCUUUUCUGGUGCAUUCACAUCUUCACAGGUAAGAGAUGUCUUUGAGACUGAAAUGGAUCAUGACAGCUCUGAAAGAGAUGGAACUAGCACUAUAUUUGAAGAGACCGAGAGUGUAUCUGUUGGAGAAGUUAUAAGGAGCCCUGUCUUCAGUGAGGAUGAGUCGUCAGACAACUCAUUUUGGAUUGAUUUGGGUCAGAGUCCAUUGGGUUCUGACUGUGUUGGUCAAUCGAGUAAACACAAGAUAGCUUCUCCCCUACCUCCUUUCUGGUUCAGUGGAAGGAGGAACCAGAAGCAACAUUCUCCAAAACCAACUUCCAAGAUGUAUGGAAGCCCUAUGUAUGAUGACAGAGAGGUUAGCCUAGGUACUCAUGACGAACACCGUGUUCUGUCAUUUGAUGCUGCUGUCCUAAUGUCACAAGAACUAGACCGAGUCAAAGAGGUCCCUGAAGAAGAGCAUGUUGAUGAAGUUUAUCAUUAUUCAAGAAAUGGAGACGAGUCAGAUCAUCUGCAUGCCAAUGAGAUCGUAGAAGAAGCUGGAGCCAGUGAAGCCGUUUAUAAUGGAUCUGUUGCUUUCGAAGGAUCUUGGCUAAAUAGUUCAACCUCUCCUGCACGUCAUCAAAGCUUGGAGAAUGGCUCUACCUCUGAAAUUUGUCCUGAUAUUAAAGAGAGUGCCAUAAGAAGGGAAACUGAAGGUGAAUUUAGGUUAUUGGGUAGGAGAGAAGGGAAUCGACACGGUGGUGGUAGGCUUUUUGGUUCGGAAGAAAAUGAACCCAAUAGUAGGGGAAGAAGAGUGUCAUUUAGCAUGGAAGAUAAUCGAAAAGAGUUCUUAAGCCAUACCUUGGAGACAGGGGACGUAUCUGCUACUAGCUUGGAUGAUGAAGAGGCCACAAGUGACGGGGAGUAUGGGGAUGGAGAGGAUUGGGGCAGGAGGGAACCAGAGAUAUUAUGUCAACAUAUUGAUCAUAUUAAUAUGCUUGGUCUCAACAAAACCACGCUUAGACUUCGGUACUUGGUAAAUUGGCUUGUUACUUCGUUACUGCAGCUGAAGUUAAUGCUUCACGAUGUAGAUGAGACAGCAAACCUCGUUCACAUCUAUGGCCCAAAAAUAAAAUAUGAAAGAGGUGCAGCUGUGGCUUUCAAUGUCAGGGACAGUAGGGGGCUAAUCAAUCCAGAGAUUGUUCAGAAGCUGGCUGAAAAAGAAGGAAUAUCACUUGGUAUUGGUUUUCUCAGUCAUAUACAGAUUCUUGAUGGCUCAAGACAGCAGCGGGGAGCUUUGAAUCUUGAAGACACAACUCUUUGCAGACCAAUGGAGAAUGGUCGGCGCGAUGGAAAAGGUAGCUUUGUAAGGCUUGAAGUUGUCACAGCUUCAUUGGGAUUUCUGACUAAUUUUGAGGAUGUGUAUAAAUUGUGGGCUUUUGUGGCAAAGUUUCUCAACCCAGCAUUUGUGAGAGAAGGUGGUGGUCUUCCUACUGUUGAAGAAGACUCUGAGACAUGAGAUGGGAAUUUGGCCGGUUGAUUCAAUUUCGAAAACCGAACAUGAAAGAUGAUUUGUGGGAUGUUGCCAAAGAGGGGCAAGGGCCGAAACCCGAAAGCUGCAGGAAGAAUGAAUUGGUGAUCAUACGUUUGCUGCCAGGCAGACAGAUACCUAUCUCAGCAUCAAAGCUGGACAUGGCAAGCGGGUGGAUUUGUUAAUUCUUGUUUCUUGUUGCUUACAUUUUUCAGUUUCCUAUUUUUUUUCUCUCUUAUUGUUGAAGCUGCUUGUAGAGUUGGCUUUAGAGAUUUGUUACAUAUUGGGAAGCCAUGGUGUAUUUGAAGCAAAGAUUAUAUGGGUAGAGCUUCUACUGAUACAUACUUUGCUUCUGUUGCAUAAGAAAGGUUGUCCAACUUCUGUAUAAACAAAGUGUUCAUUUUCAUGCUAUAUAGCUUAUGAUAUAUGGGUGCUUUCUUUGUUGA